AUGCUUGUUGCUGAACAAUUCCGCCACAUUCUAGAACAGGGCGCAAGGGUAACACCUACCUUUACUCGGUCGGAACAAUCCCAUUUUCUUUGGGAUCUUCCGAGUAGAACUGUUGUCGCUGUGGAGUCCCCAUACUGUAAGGAUAGUAACGAUCGAUGCUUCACCACGGAAAGUACAUUUUGCCAUACAUUUGUUUUCCUCUACAAGAGCGGCUACUUGGACACAACGACCGGCAAUCGCUUGGGCAAGGCUUUUUCCGGAGCCUCACUUCUUCGUGUGUUACUCCAGAGCCACGAGUUUGUUGACUUUUGGCCACUUUGUUCCGUUCUCCCUUUGGAUACACCAAUGGGCCAAGUCAUGCACUGUUGGAGCCGGAUGUUCACCGCCUGUUUAUUACAUUACAACUUGGAUGUAGCCACCGCCGUUCGCUAUGUUGGGAACAUACAUACAGGGGCCCAUUGUGAUUGGAACGCUUUGGAACCAGAGCUACGUGCGGCAUCAGUUGAUGAUGGUCUUGUUGCAAAUUUACGGUGCGUGCUCGUUGACGGAUGUCCGAACUAUGUCAAUGCCACGUUGUCCGAGAAGAAUCGGCGAUCCUUUGCUGAAUAUGGAAAUCACGACUCGGUUUAUACCAAUGUCAAAAAAACACAGAAAGCAGUGCAGAAGGAUUUCGCCUGA